UCCUUCAAAAAAGAAAAACCUUCUCUCUCUCUAUCUGUCUCUCUCUCUCUCCUCACUUCAAUAGUUGAAUAUAACAUAAACCAAUAAACCUAUCUUUGUAAUCGUGUGAGUUAUUGUUCUUGUUCCUGUCUUUGUUAAAUGGGGAUGGAGCAAAACAACAUGAUCGCACCGUUCAUUAUGAAGACAUAUCACAUGGUUAACGAACCAAACACCGAUAACCUUAUCAAGUGGGGCCCACCUAACAACAGUUUCAUCGUCCUCGACCCCCUCGAAUUCUCUCACUCCCUUCUCCCUCUUUUCUUCAAACACAACAACUUCUCUAGCUUCGUUCGUCAACUCAACACCUACGGUUUCAGAAAAGUUGAUCCGGAUCGUUGGGAAUUUGCGAAUGAGUGGUUUCUAAGAGGACAAAAGCACUUAUUGAAGAACAUAGUUAGAAAAAAGCACGUUGGUGGAGUUGGAAAUGGAAGGAACAAUAAUAAUAGUAAUAAUAACUAUUAUUCUAACGAAGUGAAGUUUGAGGAUUUUGAAGAAGAUGAAGCUAUGGUGACAGAAAUAUUGAAGCUGAAAGAAGAACAAAGAAAUUUAGAUGAAGAGCUUCAAGGGAUGAACAAGAGAUUAGAAACAACAGAGAAACGACCACAACAAAUGAUGGCUUUUCUUUGCAAUGUCGUUGAAGAUCCUCAGAUUCUGUCUAGAAUACUCAAUCAGAGAGAGAAGCAGAUAGUUCUUGAUAAGAAAAAAAGACGGUUGAUAUCUCCGGUGACGACGACGGUGCCGGUGGCGACUACCUCGACUUCCUCAGACUCGUCUGGCAUGGCGGUUGGGAGUUUUGUUAAGACGGAGUUUGAGGAAGACGAGGUAACCGUUGCUAAUAAUAUGAUGUCGUCGUCGCCGGAGACGGGUUUUGAAAUUGAUUAUUUCCACCGUGCGCCGCCGUUGGGAGUGACGCCGGCGGUGGGAGGUUGGUGGGGUCAGACGCAGAUUGGACAAAUGGGGUAUGGGUAUGAUUGCAAAGUUUCUCAGACGCCGUUGACGGAAGUGUCUCCGGCGGCACCGUUUAUGGGGGGUGUGAAUAGUGGCGAUGGUAAAAUGGGGGGUGUGGAAAUUUUCAGUGAAAUAGCGGCGGAGAAUAGUUCGUUGCCACCUUAUCCCUUUUCUUUGUUGGAUGGUGGCUUUUAGAUUAUGGAUUUAUUUAUUUUUAUUACAAAAUUUUCAAUUUUUUUGGUUUAAUUUGUGUUUCUUUUCUAUGUUAUAUACUCUUUGUUCUCUCUCUUUUUUUAUUCUCAAUUGUUUGUAAAGAGAAAAUUAGUAAGUCAAAAUGAGAUACAGAAAGAAGAAAUCAUUAGGGGGAUGUUUGAAUUAA